AUGUACUCGGUCGAGGAGGUGCUAUGGUACUUAUACUUCCAUCAUCCCAUUCUGUCCAUCAACAUGUUUCCCGUAGGAGAUGUAGAAGACCUGUCGGUAGGUCCAUGGGAGGGCGCGCCGGUGGCCGCCGAUACCUCGGCGCCAGAAAUGAGCCCUAGCAACAUGCUGAUGCUGAUCCACGCAGACAAAGGGUUGCAGAUCAACCUCCUAGCCAUGCUUAGUGCUGUGUUGAUCGGCUUCCAGGUGCUGUUGGGAUCUCGGCGCCGGCGCUCCCGCAACAAAAUCAUUGUGAACCUGCUGCGGGGUGCUUAUAUUGUCUCCUUCCCGGUGUUCGUCUACACCAUCGGCCUCGUCCAGUCCGUGGAGGCGCCCAAACAGCUUGACAGCCAACUGUUGUGGGCCGUUGGGCUUCUGCUCCUCCUCGGUAGCGUGGACGGCAUGUCGGCCUUCACCCGACAGGAGGUCGAGAAUAGCAAAGGUGUUCAGGCGGAGCACAUGAUCAAGACGGUUCUUGUGCUCUGGCUCCUCGUCAGCCGGAGCGACGUCUCCGAGGGCGGGUGGAUCUUGCUUCUCUACUUCCUCCUCUGCUGGGUGUAUAGCAUCUUGAGGGUCGCCCAGAGGAUGAAGGCGUUGCGCAAGGCCAGCUCGGCACAAGGUCUUGUGCGCAGCGCCAAGGUGGUGGCUGACUACAUGCAAGAUGUCUAUGCCUCUGAUGAUAGGAUUCAUAGCCCCAUGGACAUGGCUAAGUGCAAGUAUCUGGUCCUCGGCGAGGAAAAGGACUCCAGCCCACCGUCCAAGGCGCCCUCCUACCUCUCAGAGGUGGGCAGCAAGGGCAAGCUCGUCACGUUCGACAUGAUCUGGAACAGCAAGGGCAAGCUGCUGCCGAGUCCCACUCCUGACGACGACCAGAAGCCUGUGCCUCUGAAAGAUACUUGUCUUUCCUUCGCCUUGUUCAAGUUGCUCAAGCGGCGCUUCUGCCCGGGGCUCCCCAUCGCCGAGGAGGGUGACCUGGAGGCGCUGAAAUUCGUCCUCGCCAAGGGCAAGCAUGCCUUCCAUCUCGUGGAGGUCGAGUUGUCGUUCCUGUACGACUUCUUCUACACCAAGUACCCGGCGCUCUUCCCCGCGGCCCCAGCUGCGCUACGCGUCCUUCGUUUCAUCGUCCUUAUUGUCUUGUUCAAGGUACUCCUCUUGGAUUUUGUUUACGAGGGCAUCAUAUCGUACUCAAAUAUCCCAGCGGAAUUCCUUGAGAAUAACACGGGAUACUCCUCCAGUCACGCGGUUGUCUUCAUCCUCUUCAACAACAUUCUCGUCGUCUUCAUGAUUCUUAGCAUUGACAUCCUGCAAGACGUUGCCACGGGUUACUCAAACUGGGCCAUUGUACACUACGUGUGCGAUUACGUGAGAAGCAAGGGGAGGAUAGACAACAAGGGGUGGUGGAUGACGGCAAAGCGGUGGUGGAAACGGGGCUUCGGCAUUCGUCGAGCGCUGAUUAAAUGGGUGGCGGCACGCCGGGCAAAAAAUCCGGCACACUGGUGGAACAACAAGCUCGGCCAGUACUCGCUGCUCAACUCCUGCGGCUACACCGCGCACAAGACGAAUGCCUUCUCCCUGUUGACCCUACGCCUGCUGGAGAAGACAGGAGAAGGCCGGAAGCGCGGCAAGGAUAUCACCCUGUCAGACGAAAUCAAGGACGAGGUUCUCAGCUCCCUCGAGAAAAGUGGUGGCCGGCUGUCGGUCGACCGUUCAGGCGAUCUGAGGAACAAGGUGCUGCAGCUGGACUGGGCGCCUCUCGACCUCUCGAGGAGCACGCGCACGGUCCUCGUAUGGCACAUUGCCACCACCAUAUGCGUCGACCAGGACCAGGGCACCAACAACUCCGACCGCCGCGUUGCAACAACACUGUCCAACUACUGCGCCUACCUGCUUGCUUUCGUCCCGGACAUGCUGCCCGACCACAGCUACACGGCCACGCAGAUCCUAGACGCCGUUAUUCUAGAUGCCCGAAAGCGCCUCGACACAACCAAAAGUUCAUUGUCGGACAGAUGUAAAAUGAUGUUACAAUUGGGAAAGACACACAACAGCAAGAUGGAGCAAGACGUGUCCAUCUUGAUCCUUGGAGCCAGCCUGGCUGACAAGCUAUUGGCAGAGAACGAGCGGCCACCGUGGAAGCUGCUCGCGGCCUUCUGGGCCGACCUGGUGCUCUUCCUGGCGCCGUCCGAUAAGGCCGAUGUCCAUGCCGACCACCUAGCUACCGGCGGGGAGUUCAUGACCCACCUUUGGGCGCUGCUCACGCACGCGGGAAUUGUUCACCGUCCAGACAUCCGUGCUGCAUCACAUGUUUGA